AUGGCCGCUGCCAACGCAACUGCUCCGGCGGUUACUUUCCUCACCGAUGCCGCACAUAUGCUCCGAUUCGCAGCUCCAGAGACGUCAGCGCACCUCCUGAGCCAGAGAGCAGCGCUCCUUUAUUCCAAUGACUUGGCGCCCUCAGACCUCGAGCGACAGCAUGUCUGCGCAGCCUGUGGACACAUUAUGAUUCCGGGGCAAGGGACAGAGCUGAAGCUGCAGACGCUGAGGGCAUCGAGAAAGAAGGCAGCGGGCACCAAAGCAUUGAAAAGCCAGACAGCGACGAGAAAGACGCAGCCACCAGCGAAACCGCCACAGCGGUCCAAAGACUUUACCUGCGGUCUCUGCGCCAGAGUCACCAGAAUCCCCCUGCCGGCUCCCGGACCUGCCACGCGCCAGAAAGCUGCAAAGGCAAAGGCAAGGAUGCAAAAGGCCACCGAAAGUGUUGAGGCCCAGAAGCCAGCCACGGCCAACGCGAGCAGCAAGAAGCGCGCCAAAAAUCGCAAGGCGGGACUGCAGGCUCUGCUCUCUGGCCAGCAGCGCCCAUCGAACCCGCUAUCGCUUGCCGACUUUAUGAUGAAAUGA